AUGGGGUUUCCCCAAGUUGCAGGUGCCAUUGAUGGAACCCAUAUCCCUAUAAUUGGACCUGUUAAUUACCAUGCUGAUUAUCAUAAUCGAAAGGGAUGGUACUCUGUCAUUCUCCAGGCAGUUUGUGACCAUAAGUACAUGUUCACAGAUAUCAUGAUGACAAGAAACAUCAAUGGCCAAGAUGUUCCGCUGAUGAUACUUGGGGACCCUGCCUACCCACUGCUGCCAUGGCUAAUGAAAGGUUUUGCCGAUAAUGGUCGUCUGACUGAAGAUCAGACUAACUUUAACUACAGGCUCAGCAGGGCGAGAAUGGUCAUCGAAGGUAGUUUUGGUAGACUGAAGGGGCGAUGGAGAUGCUUAUUGAAGCGCAAUGACAGCGCUCUUGAGAACGUAACUAAUAUUGUUGGAGCGUGUUGUACCUUGCAUAACCUUUGUCAGAUGCAGUCCGAUGAGCCAGAUGACGAGUGGCUUGAUGUUGCUCAUGAAUUACGAGAGUUUCAGCCACCUUGUCCUUUGCCAAAUCAAAGGCCUGCACCAUCAGCAUCUGUAGUGCGUGAUGCUCUUGUUCAGUAUGUUAGGUAA